AUGUAUGCACUUACACAGCCGCUGGUUCCUUUCAAGUCAAGCCUCGCCGGCGGCCGGCGGUCAGCCGGGAAGUUCAUCAAGCUCCGGGAGGCCCAUGUCCCCGGUUUCGGAUCACGGCCCAAUGGGCUUGGAUCAGUCAGAGCCGUGAUCAGCGGUGGUGACAAGGCUACAGUGGAAGAAGAAGCUUCAACUUCUUCAUUGCAGAGUAAAGAGAUUAGUGGCGGCUCUGCUUCUUCUUCUCCGAUUCAAGUGAAGGCGGUGGUGACGAUCAGAAAGAAGAUGAAGGAGAAGGUGACAGAGAAGAUUGAGGAUCAGUGGGAGUUCUUUAUUAAUGGGAUUGGUCAGGGGAUUAUGAUCCAGCUCGUCAGUGAAGAAAUUGACCCUGUUACUAAUUCAGGGAAGGUAGUGGAAUCUGCUGUGAGAGGCUGGUUGCCAAAGCCAAUACCAUCGGAACAUUCACACAUAAUUGAGUAUGCUGCUGAUUUCACUGUCCCAAGUGACUUUGGGUGUCCUGGAGCUGUUCUUAUUACUAAUCUCCAUGGGAAGGAGUUUUACUUGUUGGAGAUUGUCAUUCAUGGUUUCGAUAAAGGCCCUUUUUUCUUCCCUGCAAAUACUUGGAUCCAUUCUCAAAAGGAUAACCCCCAAAAUCGAAUCAUCUUCAAAAACCAAGCAUACCUGCCUUCACAAACACCUCCAGGGAUUAAAGAUCUUAGACAUGAAGACUUGCUGAGUAUUCGGGGCAAUGGGAAAGGCAUGAGAAAACCACAUGAUAGGAUUUAUGAUUAUGAUGUUUACAAUGAGUUGGGGAAUCCUGACAAGAGUGACGAACUAGCUAGGCCGGUCAUUGGUGGCAAGGAGAGGCCAUAUCCACGGCGCUGUAGGACUGGCCGGCCUCCAUCCAAGUCAGAUCCUCUUUCGGAGAGUAGAAUUGAGAAGCCCCAUCCAGUUUACGUGCCUCGUGACGAGACUUUUGAGGAGAUUAAGCAAAAUACUUUCUCUCGUGGGAAGUUGAAAGCCUUGCUCCACAAUCUGUUACCAUCUCUAGCUGUUAGAUUGUCAAGUUCAGACAUACCCUUCAAGUGCUUCUCUGAUAUAGAUAAGCUAUAUAAUGAUGGUCUCCUCCUCAAAGAUGACGAUGACCAGAAAGAAUCCAUUCUGUUUUCGGGAAGCAUGAUGAAAAAAGUUCUUAGUGUUGGAGGACAGUGGUUGAAAUACGAAAUCCCUGCUAUUAUACAAAGGGAUAGAUUCAAUUGGUUGCGUGACAAUGAGUUUGCCCGACAAGCUUUAGCUGGAGUCAAUCCAGUGAACAUUGAGAUUUUGAAGGAAUUUCCAAUUCUCAGUAAGUUAGAUCCUGCAUUUUACGGCCCUCCAGAAUCCGCUAUCACGAAGGAAUUGAUAGAGCAAGAGCUCAAUGGGAUGAGUGUAGAAAAGGCUAUUGAGGAUAAGAGACUGUUUAUACUUGACUACCAUGACAUAUUAUUGCCAUUUAUUGAAAAAAUGAACUCUUUGCCUGGAAGAGAAGCCUAUGCCUCAAGGACUGUGUUCUUCUAUACCAAGGCUGGUUUUUUGAGACCUCUAGCCAUAGAGCUUUCACUUCCACUAACACCUUCAUCCCCUCACAACAAACAUGUAUAUACUCAUGGGCAUCAUGCUACUACACACUGGAUAUGGAAGCUAGCCAAAGCUCAUGUUUGCUCCAAUGACGCUGGCAUCCAUCAGCUUGUCAAUCACUGGUUGAGGACUCAUGCUUCCAUGGAGCCGUAUAUAAUUGCCACUCAUAGGCAACUUAGCUCAAUGCACCCCAUCUACAAGCUACUUCAUCCUCACAUGCGCUAUACGUUAGAAAUUAAUGCACUGGCAAGGCAGGCUUUGAUAAAUGGAGGAGGAAUAAUUGAGGCUUCUUUCAGUCCGGGAAAAUAUGCCAUGGAGGUAAGCUCGGCAGCUUACAAGAGUAUGUGGAGGUUUGACUUGGAGGCAUUACCAGCUGAUCUUAUUCGAAGAGGCAUGGCUGUGGAAGAUCCUUCAGAACCGUGCGGAGUAAAACUUGUAAUUGAAGACUAUCCAUAUGCUGCAGAUGGUCUCCUUGUAUGGUCUGCCAUAAAGGAAUGGGUAGAAUCUUAUGUGGAACACUUCUACUCCGAGCCAGAUUCUGUGAUAUCAGAUAUUGAGCUUCAAGAUUGGUGGAAUGAGAUCAAGAACAAGGGCCAUGCUGACAAGCGGGACGAGCCAUGGUGGCCUAAACUUAAUACCAAAGAGGACUUGUCUGGUAUACUUACAAUAAUAAUUUGGGUUGCUUCAGGUCAACAUGCUGCCAUCAACUUUGGCCAGUACCCUUUUGGCAGUUAUGUCCCAAACCGUCCUACCCUAAUGAGAAAGCUUAUUCCACAAGAAGAUGAUCCUGAUUAUGAGAAGUUUCUUCAAAACCCGCAGCAACGGUUCCUGUCUUCCUUGGCAACAAAACUUCAAGCUACCAAAGUAAUGGCUGUUCAAGAUACUUUAUCAACUCACUCCCCAGAUGAAGAGUACUUGGGACAGGUGAAUCCUCUACACACCCAUUGGAUCAAUGAUCAUGAAAUUUUGGAGUUGUUCCACAGGUUUUCGUCUAGACUAGAGGAAAUUGAGAAGAUCAUUGACAGGAGAAACAAAGAUGGUCAUUUAAAAAACAGAAGCGGAGCAGGAAUUCCCCCGUAUGAAUUGCUGCUACCAACCUCAGGACCUGGGGUAACUGGUCGCGGAAUCCCCAACAGCAUUUCUAUCUAAUUGCUUUAGCUAUGCUGUAGUUGGUUCUCUUUUGUUAUUUCUAGUGAUCGUUGGUGCUUACCGUUUGCUUUGCAACAAGCCUGUGUAUGCAAGCAGCAUAGAAUGUUGAAAUGCAUAACGAUUUGUAUUUCAACGAGUAGGUGAAACAAUCUUAUCUAUUGUACUUCCUAUGUAAGUAAAAACACCAGGACUUCAAAAUAAUGAAUAAUCUUUGGUCGGUGUAGCAAGCAGAUUUAUACUGUAGAUCCAAAUGUGACACCAGAAGAAAGAAACUGGAAUUCAUAACUUGGACAAUGCAAGUUUGAUUAAUUCCUUCCUCAAUAGUUUACCUUGUGCACUCUUUGGAACUUCAUUG